AUGUCCAAGCGGCCAUACACCUCAAACUUCACAGGGAGCAGCCAAGGUUCCAAGAAGCCUCGCUUCUCCCCUCCUCCCUUCCUCCCAAACCCCAUCAUCAGGCUGGCCCCACCUCCAAGCCUCACUGUCAAGAACGCAUCAGAGGUCUUGCAGCGCUACUCUGGUUGGCUCCGCAACAGACCACCUGACACCGUUUCCCACUCCAACCAGGAGGUCAACGUCGGCGGGUACACUCACUACAUUGCGACCGUCCACCUUCCCACCAACUGCAAUGUCCGCCAACGCAAUGUGCGAUCAGAUCAGCCCUACCCAGAACCCCUGUUGGCCAAGCGCAACGCCGUUUUCCACGCAGUGUGUGAAUUGUACCAUGUCCACGAGAUCGAUGACGACCUCAUGCCUACGCCCAAGACGCCGUCGAAACCGGGGCCUCCCCCCAGUGUAGUCAAGGAGCUCACCCAGAACCAGCCUGUCGUGAACCUGGAGAUUUCAAAGCACCCACCUCCUACUUCUCGCAAAUCCGAGAAUCGCGUCCCUCCGUCACACAUGCCGGCGGACACGCAUAAUGACCGCCGAGAGUCGCGCUCCGGCACGUCCAGCAACAAUGUGUCUUUGCGCGAGCAGCCGUCCAAGUAUGUCCGACCCCAAGAGGAGUCGAGGAACGUUGCUCGCGAGAUCCUUGGGCCCAAGCAACCGUGGGUGCAGCACGAGAUUCUAACGACGUCGCAGUUGUGGUUCCGCAACCCCCCACUCGGUACCAAGGCAUAUGGCGCUGUCAUCUCGAUCACGUUCUCCAAGCGCCCGGACAUUGACGGACUGUGCCGUCGACUUUGCAUUAUCACCUCGCGUCCUCUACCGUUUUCAAAAGAGAUUGUCCUCGACCUCAUCGAGUACAACAACAGCAACCUGCGUAUUCUCCCGCAUGCCCGCUUGGGCCCUUCGGCGCCCCUGAAUAUGACUGAGCAGCAGCUGGACCAUGCUUUCGAAUGGUCGCGCAAAUUUGUGCGCUCGCUCACCAACCAGAAGAUUGAUGGCCUUCUAGAGAAGGCGCCUUAUCUCUUCGUUCCCCUUCGGAAUGAAUUUGUCAAGCCGACUUGCACCGAGGACGAUGUGGCAUGGCACGAACUCAAUCUUUGGGAUUCGUUUGCACGCGACCUGAACAUGCGCGAUUUCGGCCAACUGGGACGGUCGCUUGAGGACGCGGUGCUGUCUCCUAACCAAGAGUUCGCUCGAAGGCACUAUGCCGUGCGUGUCCGUUCAGACCUGACCCCAAACUCCCCCGCACCCCGGAAGAAGGACCUGUCCAUCCACGAGUUGACUGCUGGCAAGAAUUUGCGUUUUCCAAUGCCACGUCUUCGCUACCCCAACCAGCCCAUCAUUGAGGCCGAACACGUCAACACCGCGGCCAAGGGCGGGUGGGCCUGGACGUUGAAUGACAUCAAACCACUGCACCACGUCAUUCCUGAACUGCUGGCCCUCUACUUCCUACCUGCAUCCAUUGUGCGUACGGGUACUUUCAUCCCAAGCAUAAUGACGGCCCUCGAUGAGCACCUCGUUGCUGCUGAAUGCAACGAGGAGGUGUUCGGGGGCAAGCUUGAUCACCUACACGUCCUGCGCGCUAUCACUGCUCCUGCUGCGCGUCCCGCUCCCCACAAUUACGAGCGACUUGAAAUGCUCGGCGACGCUGUUCUGCACUUUGUUGCCAGUGUGGACGUGGUCCGUCGAGCCGAGCCGGGGGAGGAGGGUGAAGCGGACGCCGGUCACGAGCUCCGCUCCGAGCGCCACCUCAUCGUAUCCAACCGCACUCUUGCAACGGCGUCUGAGAAGGCAGGUGUAGUCAAGUACCUGCGAAACUGCGUGUUCAGGCGGCGCGAUUACUGCCCUCCGGGGUGGAUCCAUGAGGAGCAUGGUUCGCCUCCUGAGGACUGUGCCAUGUUCAAGGAGGUAGGAGGCAAGAUCCCGUCGGACCUCGUCGAGUCGCUCCUUGGGGCAGCUUACCUCUCGACCGGUAAAAGCCUCCAAGGGGCCCUGGAUGCCAUCCAUACACUGCAUAUUCCAGUCCAGCUGCGCUCGACGUGCGAGCUGCAGACUGCAUCGGUGGUGGCGCGCUUGCUUUCUGAGCCGGCUCGUGCCCAGAAUGACUCUUUGACUGUCCUCGGCUACGAGUUCAAGGACCCAACAAAGGGGCGCUUUAUUCUCUGUAUUCCACCGAGGGCCGCCAACUUUGAGCAAUGCUCGUUCCUCGGUAAUGCCCUUUUGGAACUGCUGUUCGUGGAGCAGUUGUGGAAGCAUCUGCACCUGAGUCCUCAUGAGAUGACUCAACUCAAGCAAAAGAGCGUGAACAUGGUGGCGCUGGGCGCACUCGCUGUCUCCACAAACGUCGUUGACCAAAUGAGGGUUGUGGGCGAGUCCAAGAAGCGCCUGGACACGUUCGUUGCUGAGAUGCGCACGGCCGAAGGCCUUGCUAGCCUUCAAGAGCAUCGCGAGUACUGGACGCAGUCGUCCGAAUUCAAGGACCUGGGAUCUGUGUUUCAGGCGGUCAUCGGCGCCAUCGCCGAGGAUUGCAGUUACCAUCUCCCAACGCUGCGCCAAAUGUACACAAAGUUCAUUGGGCCUUGGAUGGAGAGAUUCGGCCCGCCGCUACCCAGCAGCAAUCCCCAGUCGCGGUUUCAGUCAUUCAUGGACUGCAAGGGAUGCCGACAGUGGAACACUGUUGGCGCCCAUCAGGACCUGCCGGGACGAAGCGCCACAGGUGAUUUCGGCCACGCGUUGACAGCAGAUGUCACGUGUCACGGCCAUCUGAUUGCGCAUGCCGAGGCACCUUCGAUGCCCGAAGCCGUUGCGCUGGCGAGUGAGAAGGCGCUGCACGAGCUGCUGCCGCGCAUCGACACGUUGUGCAAUUGUGGCAGCGCUCUUGCGCGUAUUGAUUGA